CAAUGGCGGACUAUUUGAACAGCUUUUUUCUUGUGUUUGUUCGAAAACGUUCUUAUAAGAGAGGGGGGCUCACAACGGUUAGAGUCGUGUUAGUAUACAUGGAGCGACAAUGAAGACAAUAGUCGUGUGCGCUAUAUUUGUUUUGGAGCUAGUCUCCUCUUUCCCAUUCCCGGAGUCCACGUACUAUGAUACGUACGAGCCCACAGAAAUCCAAAUACCAACUCUAGCACACUCUCCCGACCUCUACGAGCAACAACAACUUUACAUCAAACAGCAGAAUGAUAACAUCCGCAGGCAGAACUAUGAGAACAUGUUGAGGAAUCAGAUCCUGACGCGGCCGAGCUACAAUAUUCAACCUGUGUUGAACACCGUACGUGACCCGUAUAUCCCACUGCAGCGGCCGAUUCAGCGCGCUCAGUAUGAGGCGCCCUUAACACCGCAAUACUAUCCUGUUCCACGCCAGCAGCCUAUUCGGCAAUACCAGCCAGUGCAAAGCCAGGACUUCCAAGUAGCAACAGAGGCCCACGCCGCAGCCGGGAACUCUCAGGGCGCGAGCCAGCAGACACAUAACCCGUACCAUUAUGCGCAAUUCAGCGCACAAAAUCUGGCGGCCCACCCACGAAUCCAGCAAGUCCUAGCUUCCACACCGCUCAAGAAACGCUAUUUAGUGCUCCACCCCAACGGAACCAUCGAGCAUAUCGACAAGAUUGAACACAUCGUCGAACAACACCCUAAUUACAUCUUAUUGAACGCUGGAAGCGUUACACCACAGAAUGCAAAACCAGGUUCAGCGCAAAAUCCGGUGGCCCCACAGGCCCCCGUAGCACCUAAUUCCCCAGUGACACCAGCGGCACCAAAUGCCCCAGUGGCACCAAAUGCACCAGUAGCACCAACGGCACCAAUUGUCCCUGCAGCCCCUGUAUCACCAAAUGCCCCAGUACCUGCGGUUCCAGUAGCCCCAUCGCCACCAACGGCCCCAGUAUCUUCAGCUGCACCAAAUGCCCCAGUCGCCCCAGCUACGGCUGCGCAAAUAAACACUGUCCCUACGCCACCAGUAGCCCCAGCACCAAUUAACCCAGCCCGGGCCCCAAUAAAGCCAGCCCCUGCACCAGUUAAUUCACUAGUACCAGUUAGUCCAAUCGCUGGACCUUCACCAGUUAACUCCAAGCCCACACCACCGCGAGGAUCUACCUCUAUUCAAACUGGCAUCGUGCCUGGCCCAAAACCGACAGUCCCCCCACCAACCGGCCCAACUACCGAGCUACCACCGGUUGCACCUACAGCACAACCACCGAUAUGGGAAACUACUGCAACUGCCAUUUACCCUCCACCAACUACUCCUUCACCACCAGUAACUGAGACUCUGCCUCCGGUGACAACUACACCACCAGUGACAGCAAUCACUCCUGUACCACCAGGAACUGAGACUGACACAGACACUGAUACAGAAGUGACAACCCCCGUACCCCCGACCACUGAAGAUCCAAAUCAACCGGACAGCCCGACCACAGUGGAUCCAUGUAUCAAACCAAAGGAUACGAAAAACGAUAUCGACUUACUUCAAGAAAAUGGCGCGAAACCAGUGGUAUGGUUCAGGACGAAGGAUCUUGCCUUCUGGGAGAACCUGACGACCGGAGACGAAGCGUGCGACGUCGUGUACAUCUUCAACGUGCCGCGGGCGCCGAGGGUGACGAAGGAAACUAAUACCACUAUACAUGCUGACGGUACUGUGGUGGAAGAAGUGACGCAGACCAUUUAUGAGGACGAGGGUGAGUAUUUUAAGAAGCUGGAGAGAACAUAUGAAUGA